AAGGACAAAUGUCUUGUAGCAACUCACAAAAAGCUUGCAUUUCUCUGUGAAGAAUCUCCAUUCUCAAAUUUUGUCACCAUGACGGUAGCAUUGUUCGUACUGGUGCUCCUCUGCAUGGCUGGAAUGCUGCAUGCUGAGGCCUCGGACCAGUCUGGAGAGAACAGUCUCACAGAAAAUGGACAGGGUUUGGGGAGAAGAUAUGCUGAGUCAACCAUUGCCAGUGACAUGAGCAAAAUCAUGGACUCAAUGGUUCAGAAGAAUUUUGUCAACUUCCUGCUCAACCAGAAGGAGAAAAAGAGCAUGUCUAAUGUCACUCCGGGGGAAGAUCCAGGUGCUUGCUUGUACAACAAUCUCCUGAAAAAGCUUGCACUGUGCAUCCACAGCAAGGGACACAGAUCCAUGACCCAGUGAUGUUUUAAAGAAUAUCAGCAAAUGACCAACAUAGGCGAGAGAAUGAUGCAAAGAGAAACCUGAAGUCAACCACAACAUUGUGACAAUUUAGAAAAAAAUUGCUGCUUUCUAUUUUGUUGUGAAUCCAGAAUGUCUUACCUUUUUCAUAAAUAAUUGCUAAGGUGAAAUUAAAUUAUUGAACUAUUAAAACAAGU